AUGUCUAAACUGAAGUUAGAAAUGUUUCUUUCAAGAGAGGAGGCUUGCCUGGCGCGGCGACGACAGAAAUUGGGGGAGGUCGAGCGAGAACUCCUCGAGAAGCGCCAAGAGGAGUGCACAUUUGUUCCCCGCAUUAACAAACGGAGCGUGGAGAUAUUUGAGGGGUCGCAGCAACGCUACAACAGUUUGUCACCGCCACUUGAGGCGACGCAUCUGGAGGCCGCCAAUACGACACCGUUAGCGGAAGGCACAGAAAUGUACGAAGGGAAUUAUCUCUUGAGGGAGGUUGUGUCGCCGCUUCCGUAUAACAACAGUUUGGCAUCCGCGUCUCCUUUGGCUAAGCUAGAUGAUGACUGUUCCCGGCUUAUAAGUGAAUUUGAGCACAAAAUGAAGGAACUUUUAAAUGAGUGGCGAAGUCUUGAGCGUGUAUGA